AUGACACUUUUAUCACGAAAUUUUCGUCUUCUAAGUUUGACAGGUCUUUGGAAACCAACAGAGUGGAAAAGUUGGAAAGCACAGUUAUAUAAUUUGUAUACUUUUAUAGUAGCAUUUGCAAACUUUUCAUUCGUAGUUUCUGGAAUAAUGGCUAUUGAUAUCAAAAACAGUACUCUUGCUGUGAUUGUUGAUAACGUUUCUUUAACUCUUGCUGCUGUAAAUGCAUGUGGCAAGCUCUUUUGUGCAGUUUUCUCACGUAAAUAUAUCUUGGAAGUUAUAAACUGCCUACAAAACAAACCAUUCACUCCUCAAGAUCGUGAAGAAGUUAUGAUUUAUAAUAAAUUCGACCGCUAUGCUAAUUUAGUUCAGAGUAUCAAUAUUAUAUUUUCUCAAGUAAUUUUUCUACAGUAUGCAAUAAGCUCAUUGAUACUUUGUACCAUAGCAAAGGUGUUAACAAGUACUCCAUUAUUUUCUAUGGACUUUGUGGGAAAUCUUUUAUUUUUCUUAGCUAUGGCUAAACAAAUUUUCUUUCAAUGUUAUACAGUAAAUCAAAUGAUUAUCGAGUUUUCAGAUAUUACUACUACACUAUACAAUACAAAUUGGUUCCAACUAAGCAAAAAUAUCCAAAAAUCUGUAAUUAUAAUUUUAGCAAAAACUGCAAAACCAGUGGUUUUUAGCAGUGGUUAUUUCAUCACUUUAUCUUUGGAAUCAUUUACAAAGAUAAUCAAAUUUUCUUAUACGAUUUACAAUGUCUUGGAAUGA